GUAUGUGUAGUAGUUUGUUGUUUUCCUCUCUCUUUUUACCGUACAGUUUUGAUGUUUUUCUCUUUCUAACAUUACCAAUCAUCUGGUAACGUCAUUGACCUCCUUCAUCCCCACUAUUCUAGUCAAUAUUUUGCUCUAGUACGCGAAUGGUUGGUUCGAUGUGUGCGUGGAAACUGGUAUUGCGACUGUGCAAUGUAUUGAUGUAAACAUUCUCUUGUCACUUUGUUUCAGUGCGUUUAGAAGAUUGUAUGGAAAUCUUUAUAGUCGCAUCUAAAAAGAAAAUGUAAAUAGCUGAUUAUAAACAUAAUUAAAUUUCUGUGAUACAGUGUCUUAACGCUCUAGUGAAGAUAGGCCGCCAAAUUUCAAAUGCUAUAACUCUUUGUAAUAGUAUUGAUUACUAAAAUUUAAAAUUACGCUUUAUUCUAAAAUGUACGAAGAGAUUUAAAUUAAAGGAUAAUUAUGUGUUGAAUUCAUGAUAAAAACAAAAUACCAUAUUCAUAAUAAGUUAUAACUUUCUUGAAAUACUGUGGUGAUCUGACUGCUGCUUUGAGACGCAUUCGGUUUCCAAGAUGCCGUCACUCUUGGAAGCACUAGAGCGUAAGUACGGCGCGAAGGGCGAAGUGAACCCGUGCAUAGACGACAUGCCAGUCGCUAUCUUCGUGCCGAAGCGAUCACCCCGGCUGAGCGUGCCCACCCUGCUGGUGCUGAAUGACUGCGACAUAGACUGCGCAGGGGAUGCCUGCGCAUUGGCAGAUAAAUGUGCUGAUGUUGUGGAACUGGACCUGGCGAAUAAUAAGCUCACUGAAUGGCAAGAGGUCUUCGCAAUACUCGAGCAAACGCCACGGGUACGAUUUCUAAAUCUCAGCUUCAAUCGGCUCUCGGCGCAAAUUCAAGCAGCUCAGGCACUACAGCCUAAAUGGGAUAGCUUAAGUCACUUGGUCUUGAACUCCACGUACGUCGGUUGGCCCAGUAUCCUCGGUCUACUCAAGUCUCUGCCAGCUCUCGAAGAGUUGCAUUUGAGCCUCAACGAGUAUUCUUACGUGGACUUAAGCGGGAAAGAAAUAGACGAAAAAGACCGUUGUGAAGCAUGCUCCCGACUCAAUGUAGACUUUACCAAACCGGUGCACGAGCAAUUGAAGAAACUCCACUUUUCUGGUAACCCCAUAAGCAGUUGGCGAGAGAUCAGCAAACUGGGAUAUGCCUUCCCGAAUUUGGAAACGCUGUUAGUCAACGAGUGCCCUAUAAAAACACUAGAACCGGACCCGUGCGAGAAAUGUGGAGACGCUAAUGGAAAUAAGAAGAGUCAUGACGCCUUUUCGCAUCUGCGAUUCCUCAAUCUAAACAACACCGGACUUGCCACGUGGGAUGAAGUCGAUCGGCUGGCUUUGUUUCCUGCAUUAAGAAGUUUAAGAGUACAGGGGUGGCCGCUAUGGGAGCGUUUCGAGUCGACGGAGCAUGAGCGUCGUUUACUGCUGGUGGCGCGGCUGCCGCGCGUGCGCACGCUGAACGGCGGCGGCGCCGUGCCCGUUGAGGAACGCGACGCGGCCGAACGCGCCUUCAUCAGAUACUACAUGGAGAAGCCGGAGGCUGAUAGACCAGAUAGGUACUGGGAGCUUGUGGGAGUGCACGGCAAACUGGACCCACUGGUGUCGGUGGACCUGCGACCGGAGAAGCGCGUGCAGAUCACAUUCACCUGCGGGGACACCAGCGAAGUACGCACUGUCGACGUCUACAGAACUGUAUCAGAUUUAAAAACGCGUUUGGAACGCCUCGCGGGAUUCCCCGCUUCUAAGAUGAGGCUCUUCUAUGUCGACCAGGAACUGAGAGAUACACAGUUUUUCCAGGGUCCGGAGGAAAUGAAGUACCCGACGAAACAGUUGUAUUCUUACAACAUACGGUCCGGAGACGAAAUUAUUAUUGACUCAAAGUUCAAACACUCCAUUUCUGUCAGCUCUACCGCAUGAGAAAAAGUAAUAGAUUUUUUAAAGCCAACAUGUUAG